AUGGAAGAUGGUCACUCCCUGUUCGAUUACAGCGUUGGACUGAACGACAUUGUUCAGCUCCUGGUCAGACAAAGCCCUGCAGUGCUUCCUGCUGGGAGCAAGGAGAAGGACUCGGAGCUGUCGGACACGGACUCGGGCUGCGGCUCCGGGCACAGCGACUCCGACAAGAGCUCCCACAAUGGAGAAGGUGCCAUGGAGCUGGAGGGACAGCCCAGCACGGCAGCACAGCCUGACUGGGCAGAGCCUGGAUUUGGCCUCUACAAGAUCAAUGACUUGGUCGACGCUCGGGACAUGAACAUGGGAUCCUGGUAUGAAGCCCAAGUGGUGAAUGUGAGGAGGAAAAAACCUCCCAGAGAAGCAGCUGAGAGCUGCACAGACCCUGCCCAGCCAACUGCUGUCCCUGAGGAGGAUGUGGUCUAUCAUGUGAAAUAUGAAGGCUAUCCAGAGAAUGGAGUUGUGGAGCUGAGCUCCAAGGACGUUCGCACUCGGGCACGCACCGUGCUGAAGUGGCACCAGCUGGAGGUGGGACAGGUGGUGAUGGUCAACUACAAUCCUGACGACCCAAAGGAGAGAGGGUUUUGGUAUGAUGCUGAGAUUCUGCAGAAAAGGGAAACAAAAAUGACCAAGGAGAUCAAUGCAAAGAUAUUACUUGGGGAUGCAGGUGACUCCUUGAACGACUGCACCAUCACCUUAGUGGAUGAGAUCUACAGGAUUGAGGAACCAGGCACUGCCUCUCCCAUCAGCACUGGGGCACCCAGACGACAGAAUGGACCUGUGUGUAAAGCCUGUAAGGACAACCCAAACAAGACCUGCAGAGUCUGUGCUUGUCACAUCUGUGGAGGGAAACAAGAUCCAGAGAAGCAGCUCAUGUGUGACGAGUGUGACAUGGCUUUCCACAUCUACUGCCUCAACCCUCCCCUUAGCUGCAUUCCAGACGAUGAGGACUGGUAUUGCCCCGAGUGUCGAAACGAUGCGAGCGAGGUGGUUUUAGCAGGAGAGAAACUAAAGGAAAGUAAAAAGAAACAGAAGAUGGCAUCUGCCAACUCCUCCUCACGGAGGGACUGGGGCAAGGGCAUGGCGUGUGUUGGCCGCACCAAGGAAUGCACCAUUGUCCCCUCCAACCACUAUGGCCCCAUCCCUGGGAUUCCUGUUGGCACCAUGUGGAAAUUCAGAGUGCAGGUGAGUGAGUCUGGAGUGCACAGACCCCACGUGGCAGGGAUACAUGGCAGAAGCAACGAUGGGGCCUACUCCUUGGUGCUGGCAGGAGGCUAUGAAGAUGACAUAGAUCAUGGGAAUUCCUUCACAUACACAGGGAGCGGAGGGAGAGACCUUUCUGGGAACAAACGCACGGCAGAACAGUCCUGUGAUCAAAAACUCACCAACAUGAACAGAGCUCUGGCUCUGAACUGCAGUGCUCCCAUCAACGACAAACAUGGAGCUGAAUCCAAGGACUGGAGAGCUGGGAAACCAGUCCGGGUGGUCAGGAAUGUCAAAGGAGGCAAACACAGUAAAUAUGCUCCAGUGGAAGGGAACAGAUAUGAUGGGAUAUAUAAGGUGGUGAAGUACUGGCCUGAGACUGGGAAGUCUGGAUUUCUGGUGUGGCGUUACCUGCUGAGGAGGGAUGAUGAAGAACCUGCUCCUUGGACCAAAGAGGGAAAGGACAGGAUGAAAAAACUUGGCCUAACAAUGCAGUAUCCCGAAGGCUAUUUGGAAGCUGUUGCCAACAAAGAUAAGGAAAAAGAAAAUAAUGGAGAUGAUGAGUUUGAUACUCCAGGGAAAGGAAAGAGGAAAAGGAAAUCAGCAGGUGGGGAGGAAAAACUCAUUGCCUCUCCAAAGGGGACUCCAAAAAAAACUAAGGUUGAGCCAUACAAACUGACAUCCCAGCAGAAAUCUCUGAUCAAAAGUGAUGAAGCCAAUGAAAAACUGUGGAAUGAAGUAUUGGAAGCUCUGAAAGAUGGACCGAAAUUCCUGAGCAAAGUGGAAGAGGCUUUCUUGUGUAUCUGCUGUCAGGAGGUUGUGUUUCGGCCAGUCACGACCGUCUGCCAACACAACGUGUGCAGGGACUGCCUGGACAGGUCGUUCAGGGCCGACGUGUACAGCUGCCCCGCGUGCCGCUACGAGCUGGGCAGGAGUUACAGCAUGGAGGUGAAUGAGACCCUGCAGAGUGUCCUGUCCCAGCUCUUCCCCGGCUACGGCAGCGGCCGGUGA